UGUUUAAUUUACAAAGAUAUUCUUACAAUAUUUUCUAUUCAUGGAAAGAUGUUUGGAAACUUGUUUAAUUUACAAAGAUAUUAUUACAAUGUUUACUAUUCAUGGAAAGAUGCUAGAAGAUUAUCCUUUAACACAAAUGAAUUGGGGAUAAGAUAAUAAAAUGAAAAGGAAGGAACAUAUGAGCUCUGGGUGGGCAAGAGCCGAAGGCUCAAGAGAGUUUUCCAGGCUCAUGGCCCCAUAUGACCCAAUCUAAGAAUCAACUCAAAGCCCACGUUCUUCCUCAGUAUUCGAACAUGUCCAAUCCCAUUCAAGAAUUUCAUCGAAAAUCUGUGUCCAACUCCAAACAACGGGUCAGUGUCACGAACCAAUAACUCGACCGAAGCCCACGUGUCAUCCACCCAACUCGCCCCUGCCAAACAUCCAAGCCCCUUCUUUCCAACCUUAAACCCUGUAAAAGCAACCCAAAUCUCCAUCCUGAAACGACUCAAAAUGCAACGUUACAGUCCCUCUCCUCUCAUCCAACAUGGUUCCCUUCACCAUAUCCAAAACGCCGGUUCACUUUGUUCUCACUUGAAAUCCCGAUCCAUGAUCCGGUUCUCGGGCCCCGACACAAUCGAAUUCCUUCAGGGUCUUGUAACAAUCGAUGUACGGAGAUUCGGUGAAACCCCGAGUGAAGAUAACUCCCCCGUUCCUACGCCAAGCGUUGCGCAUGUCGUAGCUCCUCCAGCGUGUGCAGCUCUUUUGACGUAUCAAGGAAGGUUUUUGUAUGACUUGUUCUUAUAUAGGCCGCCCCGAACUCAGGAGAAGCUGGACAGGACUGAGUCGGGUCCGGGUCGUGGGCCUGGUGGGUCGGUGGAGAUUUUGCCUGAUGCUGACGGAUAUCGAUUGAGGUCUAUAAUAGAUAUUGAGAAUAUGGCAGAAGACUUCUCUUGCUGGCAGAUGUACGGCAGGAACCUGUCGGCCAGAGGCAGCUUCAGUUGGUUGGGGGAGUGGUGUUGAUAGUUCUGGCAAGUCAGUUUCACAUGGCAAUGAUGUUGGAUGGCAAUGGUUUAAGGAUCUCAGAUUGGUUUGUCUAGGUUUUAGGGAGAUUUUCCAUCUGGUACAACACGUCAGUCAUUGGCUUCGAGAUAAUAAUGGAUUUAAGAUUGUAUUAUUUCUUAAGAAGUCAUGCAACCUACAUGCUGCCUAAACUGAAAAUUUUCAUACCCUUUGUCUGUCGCAGCAUCCUUAGUUGAGUCUGACAAAGAAACAGAUGAACAUAAUUAUCUUCUGUGGAGAUUGGAGAAGGGAGUUGCAGAGGGCUCAACUGAAAUUCCAAAAGAUGCUUGUUUGCGUUGUUGCUAAUGGUAUACUCAAGUUUCUUUUGAAUAUUUCCUGCAUUUUCAAACUUUGUUUUUAUCAUGGUUAUUCUACUUAUUGUUGUUUCUUCCAAUUUAUUGUGAGAUGCUUCACCUUUGUUUUCCAUGCAUUUGAUUUGAUAGU